GACUGAGCGUCUAAUUUAGAGAUCAAAUGCCAGAAACCACCGCAAUCUACAUACACGGACACCAUGAAUCUGUCCUACGCUCCCACAGCUGGCGCACCGCCCAAAACUCCGCAUCCUACCUCCUCCCAUACAUACAACCAAACAUGCACAUCCUCGACAUAGGCUGCGGGCCGGGCACCAUCACCCUCGAUUUCGCCACCCUCGUCGGGCCCACAGGACACAUCACAGGCAUCGAGCCUUCCCCCGGCGACAUCCUCACCCAAGCUCGCGAAACAGCCACAUCCCGAGGCAUCACGAAUGUAGAGUUCAAAACCGGGGAUAUCUUUGAACUAGAAGAGAUGUUUAAGAAUCGUAGAUUUGAUAUCGUGCAUGUGCAUCAGGUGUUGCAGCAUAUCGAUCGGGAAAGGGUAUCGGAGGCUUUGAUGCAGAUGAGGGCUGUUACGAAGCCUGGAGGGAUCAUUGCUGUUAGAGAGGCGGAUUUUGUGGCGACGACUUGGUUUCCUGCUUCUGCUGGGAUGACGGAGUGGAUGGAUACGUAUCAGCUUGUGGCGCGUGCUAAUGGGGGAGAACCUGAUGCGGGGAGGAGGUUGGUGAGUUGGGCGUUGGGGGCAGGGUUUGCGAGAGACAAAAUCACGACUUCGGCUGGGACGUGGUGUUACAGUACCCCUGACGAGCGGGAGUGGUGGAGUAGGAUGUGGGCUGAUCGGACGCUUUCGUCGGAUUUCAAGACGACGGCGCUCAAGAGUGGGCUUGUGGACGAGGAGAAGCUGAAUAGAAUUGCAGAUACAUGGACGGAAUGGGGUAAAUCAGAGGAAGGCUGGUUCGCGAUCCUACACGGUGAAAUCAUCUGUCGCGUCGACACGUAGCUCGUGCCUGCACGAACUCUCAGUCUUAAUCGUCCCCGUCCAGUUUGACGACCUCUAGAUAACUCUCCGGUACGAGGGCAUGCGAACCAGUGUCCUCUUUCACAACCACAGCCCAUCCAACUCCACCGCCUCGUCCAACCACACGGACGAUCUGGUCUUCAUCAAGCUUCAUCUCCGCAGUUCCUUCUGGCUCGAAGGAAUACAGUGC